AUGGGUGAUCUUGCUGACCUGGCACACGUGAGCUUUGUGAACACAGAAUUUCUGGAAAAGAACGGCCUCACGCCGAAGAAUGUGUUGGAGUACUUCUACACAUCGCCCUUUUAUCUUCACUUUGGCGAGGGGUCGCUGAAUGAACAACGGCGGCGUGGUUUGCAGGUGGAGGCACAGGCAGGAAGCCACGAAUUUGUCCUGCGAACGGCCAACGAGGAUGCCAAAGCAGGUGUUGUAGAGACCAGCAUUUUCGUGCUCCAACGGCUCCAGCAUCCGGCAACAUCCAAAGAGACCUUCUACGUGAUUUCAGGCACGAUCUACAAAGCUCCUGAACUGUCAGAACUGUUGAAGAGCAGCAUUGGUCAAUCGGCCAUCGGGGCCACCAGCAGCUUGGCUUUCGGAUGCUUUGAGACAAAGAACCACCGGAGAAUCUACGGUUGA